AUGGAUUCAUUCGCCAUCACAGAGGGCCUUGCCGCCCAGGAGCGACAAGAUGACACGCCAGCAGUCUCCAGCAAACUAUCCGAAGAGACCAACAAGUUCCAGCGCGCCAUUGCAGCCUGGCGAGGAAUUGACUUGGCUAGCACCAUUGCCAAACUCGAUACCACCGCUUCGGACAUUGUUUCACAUCAACGGGACGCUCUCGUACAGAGAAAGGAACUGGCUCAAAAGACCAAGGACUUCAAGAAGCUGGAGGAUGAAGCCAAGCUAUCGGAAUAUAAGGGGUUGCUGAAGGCCUACCAAUCGUUCAUUGACCUUUUGACCAACCAAGGAAAGGCGUCCUCAUCCUCCUUCCUUCAACUCUACUCGUCCCUAUCUGAAGCACCAGACCCUUACCCGCUUCUCGAAGCCUCCGUCGACUCCCUCGUUCUAUCUGAAGAUACGGUUCCGAAGCUCACCUCGGAACGGGACCAAUUACAGCAGUCCGUCGAUCGUCUUACGAAGCAGCAGGAGGAAACCGAGAAACGGCUACAGGAGGAGCGCGCUGCAAGAAAGAAGCUCGAAGAAAACCAAGAAUCAAAGGCUAAAGAGAUCGAGGCUUCUUGGGAUGCAGUGUUGAAAGAAAAGACCAGCAACUGGGAGGCCAAGGAGAAAAGCUUGGAGGAGAAGGUUGAGAAUCAGGAACGAUUGAUCAAGGAGCUCAAGGCUAGCUAUGAGGUCUCUCAGCGUCUCGGUAGUGGCCAGGAUGAAGAGACAGAAGGUGCCCGUAGUGGUGCUACCGCUGCGGAACUGGAACUUGUCUCUGCCGAUCUAGAGAAGACGAGCUUGAGAUUGGCCGAUAUGGAGGCGCGAAAUGAGCAGCUCCGGUUAGAGUUGGCGCAGGCCGUAUCGCACUCGAAUUCUGGCCAGCUCUCCUCUGUCGAGGAUGACCCCAGCUAUCAGCGCUUGCAGUCGGAGAACUCGGCUUUGCUGCGCAAAUUGGAUGCUGCGCGUUAUGACAAGGACUCGACUCGCCACGCCUGGGAGGCCAAGCUCCUUCAGGCGGAACGCAAUGCCUCGAAAACUGCCGCCGAGAAGGACGAGCUGCGCUCGCGCCUUGAGAAGGUUGCUGACUACGAUGAGAUCCGCCGCGAGCUGGAAAUGAUCAAGUCGAUUGAGUUUGCUACUGGUGACGAUGAGGAUGCCGGUGAAGCAGCGGCGACGACUGAAAACGAGACCGCUGGCACCAAUGGUGCUGCCACUACGAAUAACAAAGAUAAGAGCUCACUGGAGCAGCUAUUGAUGGCCCGAAACAAGAAAUUGACCGAUGAGCUUGCCGUUCUACGGGUAUCAACUCGCGACCUUCAGGGCCAGCUGGAAUCUCUACGCGGCGAGCUUUCCACCACCAAGAAAGAACUCGACAAGUCGCGCGGUCUGUCUACUACGCUAGAGAACGAUCUUCUCCGUGUACAAGAGGAGGCUGCCAAUGCAUUCCCAUCAUCGGCAAUGUCUGUUGCAGGCACUUAUACUUCUAGGUAUCCACACUCCUCUCGACGAAGCGGGGCAGUAUCUCCCACUUCUUCCAUAAUUUCUGGCUUUGACCAGAAUAGCGCUUCCGCCAAUACUAUGGAAGCCAUUCGUGCCGGAGAGGCAGUCGGGGGCGGUUCGGGCCUUCUGCCCAUGAUCCAGGCCCAGCGCGACCGUUUCAAGAAGAAGAAUGCCGAGCUCGAGGAAGAGCUCUCUAAGAUGUAUAGCACUGUCAAGUCUCUUCGGCAGGAAGUUUCAACUCUCCAGAAGGAUAACUUGAGUCUCUAUGAGAAGACUCGCUACGUCUCCACGUAUAGCCGAGGCCAAGGGGCAUCUACGUCAGCCUCCUCGUUUGCCAAUGCCCCCAGCUCGGCAUCCAUCUAUGCUUCUGGGGAUGCGCCGGACCGGUACCAAUCAGCAUACGAGGCCCGCAUUUCACCCUUUGCUGCAUUCCGGGGUCGUGAAUCCACCCGUGCUUACAAGCGUAUGACCCUGCCAGAGCGGAUCGUGUUCUCGCUCACCCGCAUAAUCCUGGCGAACCGGACUAGCCGAAAUCUAUUUGCGGGCUACUGCUUCGCUCUGCACAUUCUCCUUUUCGUUAUUCUGUACAUGAUGAGUACGACAGAGAUUGAGAAGCACAGUGCCAUGAGCGCCGUUGGCAGUGCCGCCGCUGCUGCAUAUGGCAGCAGCGGAGGAGCCGGGUUUGGCAGCAGUGGCAGUGGUGGUGGUCAGCUUCAUGGGGACGAUUGGCAGCAAGAAGGCUUCAAUCAAGCUAGCUGA